UUCUACAGAGAGAAAUGUAGUUACUUCUACAGAGAUUAAAGAAGAGUCAACGAUUGUUUAUCACAUGCAGUACUUUUUGGCUGCGGGUUUUGGCGCUGUGAUCCUCAUCGUUGUUAGCUUAACAAUCGUCUUAAUCAAAAUAAGAAAAUGCAGGAAAGAGUUAACACGAAUUCAGAGAACUACAGAGGCGGAGAAUGCCCCAUACGAAUCAACACUGGCCAUCUCAGGAGGAAUAAACCUUGAUCAUGUCUAUGAAACUAUAGAGGAGCACGACCAAGGCUAUCAACGUUUGCCUGCAUCAAAUCUGGUGGGGAGUGUUCCUCGUUGUUCUUCUGAAUCCAAUAAUGAAGGAUCAUACAUGGAACCUAACAAUGCUGACGGGUCAUAUUUAGGUGCAAUGGAUGUCACACCUGCUAAUGAGUAUUACGAUGAUGUUCAUCCUUACCUGAAUUUUGUUAACGACACUGCCAGGAUAAAUAAACACAAAGUUAUUUGAUGCUGAAAAUCUAAAAAAAAAGU